AUGGACCCCGAGUCGGUGGACUGUCUUGCGGCGCACGGCGCGCUGCCGGACAGCGUCGAGCCCCAAGUCGACACUUUUCCGAAAGAAUCCGCGGUCGCGAGGGGUGUCUACGAUCCAGAUGGGGACCUUCUGUCUGAAGAUGAGUUGGAGGCCGGAAGUUUUUUCAAUUUCACCUGCGACAGUCCACCAGAGGCAGAGUACGUCUGUGGUGUGACGGUGGGCGCAGCCUCCUCGGCCGCAGUGUACAGCGAGAGCUAUCCCGCCAACCGCCAGGCGUUCUCUCCCUCCCGCGCAGUUCACCUGCAAGCAAACGUGUUGACUCCACCGUAUCUCGCUGCAGCUUCAGAGACGCCCGACCACUCCCACGUUUCAUCGUCAACCGCGAAAGGCGACACCGAAGGUCCGGCAGGUCAAGCCGACGCAGAUAUCCGCGCGCCGUCUGCCAGCACAGAAGACCAACCAUCAAACACUUUGUGCACCGAAGAGGGGGUGUUUGACGCCUCUUCUGACGCCUCGGAACGCUGCGCACGUGGUUCGGAGUUGGCGGGCGUUUCCGAGGACGAAGAUGCCUGUGUGUCGCCCCGCUCGGUUGUGGAAUCCCCGGUGGCGGCGAGCGGGAAAAAUGUCAAACUCGGCUGCGUGAGUCAGCUAAAUGUGUACGGUUCUGACGAAGACGGCACCGAUUCAGAGUCGAACGCGUCAGGAAAAACAAGGAUGCUUCGAACCGAAAGCCCUGAGGCGAUCCCAGCGGAGACGGAAAAUCACGAUGCCUUGCUAGAAGCUUCGCAUCUCGAGUUCGGACAAGAGGAAUGCGAAGAGGGCAAAGGGUGUAUUUCCGAGCAGCUGCUGGGCCCCGGGGGCGAACACCAGGAAAGCGACUCCAGCGCCCCGCAAGAUCAGGCGGUAUUCCCGGGUCAAACUUCCCUAUUUCUUACGAGCUACGUGUCUGAAUCCGCCCUUCAGGAGCCUUGUGGAGACGCUAGUGGCCCGUGGCAGAGCUAUGCCUCUGCUCCUGUGUCUCCGUCCUCCACGCAGCUGUGUUCUUCGGAACCCUCGUUACUUUUCCCAGAACAGACGAGAAAUUGCAUUUCUCAAUCCGCUCCGACAUUCCCAAUUGGCGACGCGAAGGAACGCCCCAGGUUUGAGUGCCCGCCUUCGGCGGAAACUCUCGAGGAGGCCUGCAACACCGGAAAAAGUCGCGAACUCAGUGUCAUCCCCCCAACGUUCCACUGCGACUCCUCAGACUCGCCGUUCGCUGCAUCCAGUGCCGACGACACCCCUGCCGAUAUGCCACGUAGCCUCCCAAUGUCUUCCAGUCCCUCUUCCUUCGGCUCUUCCGCGCGCUCGUGUGCAUCGCGUGCCGUACCCUCCGCUUCCGUGCUCUCCCCUCUUUCUUCUGCGCCGGCGCCGCUUCCCAUCUUGUCUCGGCCUCCGGCCCUGACGAGUCUCUUCAUUAGCGCUUCCCCUGUGGCAUCUCCCUCGCAUCUGCCCGCAGGGAGGCGCGACUUGAAGGAAUCUCCCAGCGAUUUUUCGUCUCGAAGACCAGUCCCUGCAGAAGCGCCUGCUCCAGGCGAUUUGUGGAACACGCCUCCUUCGACGCCACAAGGAUCGAAUGUGGCGUUGCUGGGCCACCGCACGCCUCUUCCGCAAGACAGGCCUCGCCGCCCCAUGUGCUCAGGCACGCCCUUGACGCACUGCCAACCUCUUCAGUCCGUCUCGGGCGGUCCGGGCUCCGUGGCGGGACCGAGGCAGUCGAGAAGUCAACAGGCUCGAGGCGAGACAGACGACGAAGCCGAAUGGACGCGGCUGCAAGCCCAGCUGGAGAAGUUGCGGCAACUGCGGCGGGCGGAGAUGGAGAAGCAGCUGCGUCUCGAGGAGGAACAGGACGAGCGGGAACUGCUGGCGCAGCUGGAGUUGCGAAGGAAGCGCGGGGAAGAAGCGACCGGCCACACACCCGUGGAAGGUCGUCUCGCACGCGUUGUCACGCGCGAACAGGAGAGGGUGCGCGAGUCUCGACAGACUGGCGAAAACCAGAAACGCGUACUUCUAGAGGAUCCAAAGCGACAGUUCUUGCACGUGGAAACUGAAGACGAAAGGGCGUCGUUUGUGCCAGGGCGGAACCAAACGGCGGUGUUUGGAUCGGGGACACAUCGACCUCCAGGGGACGAGCGAGAGCUUUGCCUGCCACCCCCCCCCUCGCCAGUCCAGACGCUUCGCGCUCCACAACGAGCGGACGACGUUUGCGCUUCGGCUCCACUCUCUGAAGGCGCCCGCGAAGAAAACGCAGGCAAGUUCAGUUUCAUGCCUGGCGCCGACGCCGCAGAGGAAACAGAUACGGAAGCGAGGCAAGGCCAAGCGUCUCUUCUUUCUCCCACACGCGCAGCGGCUGCUUGUGAGCACGGCCGCGCAGAAGACAGACUGCCCUCGUUCGGGGGGAUGCGGAGCUCAGAUGACAGUUUCGAUCCCGACGAUGACGCACAAGAACGCGGUCGAGAGGCUGUGGACGAGUGCUCCGAGGAGAGUAGCUGCAUGGGAGCGGCGCUUCAAACGCCGCAGCGCGAGACGGAGGACCAGGGAAACGCCUCGCCCACGUCUCGCUCUGACCUCCCAGGCCCCGUUCCGUCCUUCCCGCUCCAUGCGGGCAGAGACCAGCAGACUAGCCCAUCUCAUGUAGGCGAAGGACUCUUUCCCGUUCAGGAGAACGCGAGUCUCAGCUGGACAGAGGUGCCCUCCCCCAGCAGGGCGCGAUACCUUGAGCUUGCCCAGCAAGACGGCGCGUUUUCAGCCUCCAGCGCAAUGUCAUCCAGCCUUCCUGGCCCGAAUGGAGGGAUCCAGUACAAAAAGAAUAUGUCGCUUUCCUCGGCGGUUCUGACCUGUGAAGAGACAGUCAGACUCCCGCCAUCUCCCCGUCCGUUAGGUGCCCUAUUUUCAGGCGUGGGUGGCGCCGUCGUUGUCUCUCCCACGUCAGGCUCUGUUACACCGCUAUCGAACAGCCCUUUGAAUGCCUCGCCGCCUCUCUCGUUCCCAGGAAGCUCCGACGCUCUCGUCCAGGUUCCGGCCUCGAGAACAGACCAGCCUCUCUACUACCACAAUCUGUGUCCAGAUUCUCAAGAGGAUGUGCAGCCGGCGGCAGUGCGGUCUCACGAACAAACAGGAACCUUCAACCAGCGAAGCACUGCUUCUCUGCCAGCCAGCCAUGGUGUAUGGGUUGCCGACGAGAAGCAUCCCAGGGACGCCGCUACCUGUGCGGCGGCACCGCGUCUUCGCUACGCAACUCAGGAGGCUGACCCUAGCCCUUCGCAGAGCUCUCAUCUUAGCCGAGGCUGGGGGUCAACGUGCUUGGACGAAUCGAGUCCAAUCCUCUCCCUCGGAGCAAGUUCGCUGACCUGCGCUUCGCUGUGCUCACCUUCCCAGGUGCUCUUGAGCCCGCGAUCGUCGACGCGGUCCAGCGGCUUUGACGCCUGCUCGCCGUCUUCCCAUCCUUUGCCGACAGAAACAGACAGCAUGGCGCCAUCGGCUGUCACGCUCCGUCCGCAGGUUAUCUCCCUUCCUCCAGCGGCGUGUAGCCGAACGGUAUAUUCCCCUUCCGGUUCAUCGAAGGCACCCGAAAGUUCUCUAUCGCAUGCGCUCGUCACUGCAGCGCCAGGAGCUGCGUUUGAGCAGAAAACGCUUCCGGCCCAGGCGAGUGCGGCCGCUGGAGUCUUGCAGGCCUCGCAUAAGUCUGGCGCAUUCGCCCCCGGGAACACGGCAGGCUUGGGGACCGCAAGUGGCACCCAAUGCCCGCGUUUGCCGAGUGCGUUCUACGUGAAUUCGGAUCGAGGGGCCGCCGCAGGCCGGCCGGUAGAGCACGAGAGAGCCGGGAAUCUUCACCCUGGCGCAUCGCAUGGACCAAGACAGGAAACGGUCUCUCCAGGAGGCGUCCCACAAAUGCAGAGCUACCCUGUGGGUCUGCCUGCAGGCGCAGCAGUCGCUCUCCACGGCGAACAUGCGCAGGUACGCGCACCGUCGUCGGUGGCAUGCUCUCAGGCGUCGGCGCAGUUCCAAAUACCAAGCACCGCCGUGGCUAGCGGCUUUCAGAACCCCCCUGCUUUGCAGUCUUCUCGGUCUUAUCAUGAUACGGUUAGCUCGAUCCCCGGUGGGUACGCCCACGGCGACUCCUUGGCUUCUGGAGGCUUUGGGCAACCAUACACGGCAGGCGACGAAACAUUUUUUGCCAGCGCCGAGUCUCGCAUGCUGCAAGCACAUGUUCAGAAUUCCGCCGCCGCCAGCCACAUGACCAGGUUUCCUCAAAUGCCUCAACAUCUCGGGCCGUUUGUUGCCGUCACAUGUCCACACGAACCGAUUCGACCGUUCAAACGGACUGUGAAGUGCCGGGCACGCAAUCCGACUGAACCAAUGACCCCUCGUGGAAUCAGCGGUCCGUGCCCCGAAUCCGCUUUUGCAUGCGGGACGACGGCUACACUGGCGGAGACAGUUGUCCCAGAUGCCUUCUUUUCAGACGAGCAGGCGGUGCCGCUCCACGCGACAUAUUCGGAUCUCUCUGUUCCGCCACUAGGUUUCGGCGGGAAGCCGUCUGUCUAUCGGAGUGAGAUGCCUCAGGAGAACGGCCAGUCUUCGACUCCACGCAAGCGCUUUUUGGGCGGCACCACGCGGCUGUUCGGAGGGCUGAAGACCCACGGGCCCUCCCGUGCCUGCGCGGCCUCGGCCACGUUGUCGGACAAACACGCGAAGCCGACUUUGCGACCGUCCGCGGCUGCUCUUCCGUUUUCCCAGAUCGGCAGCAUGAGCCGCUCUGCGAGUCUUCCACGUUUAGGCGAGUUCGCGGAGGCACCUUUUUCGAAUGCGGGUUUCUCUUACGAGGCUGCCUCUCAACCGCUUCACAGCAGCCUUCCCGGACAGCAUCUGGAUGUGGUGUAUGCCCCGCAUGCCCAAUGCGGGGUGGGACGCCUGCCUUUUGCGGCGCCCGCCCCGAUUAUGCUUCAGCCUGAGGAGCUGAGCGGAGGGCCGUGUUCGGGGAGAGACGGCUGCGAGUCGCCACGCGUCAAGAACUCUCGAGGGACUUGCCUGGCUGGGAGAGUGGCGGCAGCGGCGAGAGAGAAGUUGCUGGACGUUGGCGAGAAGUUUGUCGACGAGGUUGGAAGCGCCGCUGCCAAGGGCGGCUCGAUGGUUAAGCAGAUCGCUACACUGCUGCAGAAGGGGUUGGACACUCUGGUGGACGGCGACGCGUUACCUCCCCCUCGCUUACCUGGAGGCGACAGGCCGCACAUGGAGAAGCCUGAUGUGGGCACCAGGAGUUUCGACGGAGACAGCACCUACAUGAGUGCUUUGCACGCAGCGAGGAGACAGGAAUUCCUGUGCCACACGCGAGACAGGCCUCCAAUGGAGGUGGGCGGAGACGAACGGCGUGGACUGCUGCGCAGCAGUGCAUGGUUCAACGUGGCUUCAACCGACGGCGGAGAGGAGCGCACUGCGUGCCACGAUGGGAGCUUUUCCCACGAUUUUGCAGAGGCUCACACGAUGCCGAGGCAAGUCGGAAUGGAACGAGGGGACGGGCAUUGUGAGCGCUCCGCAUUUGGCGUCUCUGCGACAGUUUCUGGAGCACUCGAGGUGGCGUUGCCCACGACGACAACGGUGCGUCGACCUCUCCCAUCCAUCGCUCUUUCGGGAAUGAAAAACUCGUCUUCCGGCUCUUCAGAGCCCAAUGGACAUCAGGCAAAUCCUUCGGUCCUCUCCCGAGAAAACACGCGUCCCGGGAGGCCGUUCCCUCGCUGGGAGAACGGCGACGGACAGCACUGGGUUGCCUCAGACUCCCGUGACCACCCUGGCAAAGGGAGGCUUGCAAGAGACGUAGACAAUCUCUCUGAACCAAGAGACAGACCUCCGUUCGCUGCCAGCCUAGCGUGUGGUUUCGACUGCUCAUCGGUGAAAGGCACGCAGAGCGCACACGCUGCGCCGUGCCCGCCAAGUUCCCAAGCGCUUCCACAGUUAUCUCAGGCUCUCUCACCUGGCCCGCCCGCUUCCUUUGUGAGAGUUGUAUCGGGUGGCGACGCUCUGUCUGAGGUCGGCUCCACUGUUGCGCGGGAAAGCGAGUCUUUCUAUGCCUCGUCUUCCCCCAUCGUAGCCAGUGACCGUGCACGGCUGCCGGCACACGACAACGUUGGAGGGUUUGUUACUUCACAUGGACAAAGUUUCCGCACUCCAGACACGUACAGUGGCAUGCAGUCCCCCGCACAAACAGUGAUGUCUCCACGCACGUCUUUCUACCGUCAAGAGGCGAGCCUCGUGCACCCAGCUUCUCCUUCUCGGCUUUCGCGACAGGGGCACGCGUCGGUUCCGAGCUGUCCGCAGUCAGGAACCGGCCGCUUCCCAUCGACCUUCCUGCCUUCCUUUCACGAAGCACACCGUGGAGAAGCAGGCGGAGUGCGAGUUCAAGAGAGUAAAGGCAACCUAGGCAUUCGUCCCCCUUCGUUCAAUGGAUAUGAAGUGGUCCGGGGCCGCAGCUUGCCUGCUGUCGACGGUAUCGAACAGACAGAAGCUUUGCGGCAGAAGUAUGAAGCUUGCGACAGCAUCGUCGGGAGGUGGAAGGACAGAUAUAAGGCCGCAAGAGGCCUCUGA